AUGUCUAAUCAGUCCGGUAUCACUGCUGACCAAGAAGUUUUGAAUGCAAUUGCUGCAUUGAAGUCCCGUCAUGCUUCAGUUGUAGCUAAAAUUGAACAAUCUGAACAGCCUGUGAUCAAACUACAGGAAACUUUUCAGGAUUUAGAGUCUCUUAGGGAGUAUGUUGGUAGUAACGACGACACGCCCCUCUAUAUCAUCAUAUAUGACGAGCCUAAGAUGCAUUUCAUUGCUUACACUCCAGAUUACGCCCCAAUUAGAUCUAAGAUGUUAUACGCAUCCUCGAAGAUAACUUUCCAAAGACAAAUAGGGGCCAACAAUUUAAAAUCGUAUAUGUUCACUGAUGUGAAUGACAUUGAUGAAAAGUCUUGGACUGAUACCACUUCCAAAGAAGAGUUGAUGACUGCAGCAGAGCUUGAGAAGCUUCAGAUCGAUGCACAACAAAACUCUAUGAGGAGUUCGGGAGCAGUAAAGUUAGUUUCUGCACAUACAAACGGCAGCAAUUCGUUGGGUUUCAAAGUCGCUGAUGCUGGAAGCUUAAAAGAUCUGUUUCAAAAGUACAAUUUGGUACUCUUCCAAAUUGAUAUGAAAUCAGAAGAAAUCAUCAUUAAGAAUAAGUUUACUACAUCUACAGAUGAUGAGAUUGUCGAAAAAAUUCCUAAUGAUAGUCCCACUUUUUCCAUCUUCCGUAAGGCUGGAGAUUACUACUUCAUUUUAAGUUGUCCAUCUGGAUCUGCUAUUAAGGAGAGGAUGGUUUACGCAGCAAAUAAAAGAGCAUUCAUAUUGAACUUAAAGGAUUCUGAUGAUAUCGACAUUAAGAAAACCAUUGAAAUUGGUGAUCCUCAAGAGCUAGAGUUGUCUGAUUUGGGAGAAAAGGAGGAAACCGCCGGUUCACAAACACCAGCAAAACCAAGAUUAAACAAACCGAAGGCACCUUCCAGGAGAAGAUGA